GUGUCAGCAGCGGCACACAGGCGGGGAAGGAAAGGCAGUAGCAGUGGAUUGCCUGAUGCGAGGCCUAUCCCUGGUUCAAUCAAAGUUCCACAAAGCAAGCAAGGCCAAGUUGGAGCUCUUGCCAAUCAAGUACCAGUAGGUCGUAGUUGAGUACAGCCUUCUCGCUUUUGUCGUAAAAACCUCACCUCAGGCGACGCGAACGUCUGUGUCAGAGCCGAGCAGGACGCGGUUAGUCACCACGAGAUAUAUGUAAACGUCAGGUGCAGCCUUUGCCACAGGCGGAGCUCAUAGGGUGCAUUAGGGUUUCUGAGCUGCUUCGUGUACAGGACAGAAUUUACAAGGAGCGAUGCCACAGAUUCAGUGCCUGAUGUAGAUUCCAAGAUAAUAAAAUAGGUUCCGCCGUUUGAGCCCUGCUUCCCGAUCGGAGUGCUGCUGAUGACGAGCCUCUACGAAUCCCUCGCGUGAUUUCCCCUUCUCCGACGCCUGAGCCCACGCGAGCAUUGUCUGCCAUUCUUUCUAGGCUAGACCCUAACAACUAACUCGUUUACCUGGUCGCUGCGUACACAGCGGAAUCCAUUCGCGGCCCGCGUCUAGUCGCGAGUAACUACGUUCUGUCUGCUUAGCCUCUCCGUAACCCUAGCUCACGAACGCUACCCAUCGUCUCUAACAGAAACUACCCUGCAUUUUCAGGGUAGUCGUUCCUAGUAGUACUAACCCUCGAGAUUCGCCGUUUCUCGCGUUUUUCGCCUACUACGAUCGGCUCCCCUUCUCUUCUCGCCACCCGUCACGUUCGGCGUGCCUUUGAGUCGACUCAAACGCCUUCUCUCCGAGAAAGCCAUGGGGAAGCGCCUCGCGGUGCCGUGGUGGAUGCCGGCUUUAAUCGCGUGGACGCUCUGCUGGCUGGCUCUAUCCACGUUCGUCGUCUGGUCCACGCACAAGGCGGCGCUCGACCCGCUCAUGGCGGAUCUUAAAGCGUGGUGCGGCGCGCGCGUUCGGUACCUUGACCAGGAGAUCGCGUCGAACCUGAACCACGCCGAGGUGAACAUGGGGCUGAUAAAGGUGUUCAACGGCUUUGGCCCCAAGAGCCCCGACCUGGCGUACUGGGGGUACACGGGGUGCCUCAACAACCGGUCGUGGGUCCAAUACGCCGAGGCCACUCAGUACGCCAAGCCCUGGAUGACCAACGCGUGGUUGGCCUUUGUCGACGGCAACGACAGGCCCAUGGUAGAGCGGUCGCUGGGGUGCCAGUUCCAGAGCCUCAACAGCCUGGAGCCGAAGGUCAGCUCGAGGAAGGACUGCUACGUGGUGAACCUGUUCCAGUACUCGCCCUUCUUCAACUGGCCGCAGUGCACGGACUACAGCGACCGCUUUGGCGAGGGGUGCGGCAACCUCAACACCAAGUGGAAGAGCCGCGGUAGCCCGCCCUACCGCUUCAGGAAUGGAGAUAUUGGAUUCAGUUUUGGCAUUCCUGUGUUGCGCCAUCCAAUCGACGACAAUGCCACGUCGGCAGAGGUGCUGGCGGCGCUGGCGGGUUUCCUUGCGCCCGGUUUAGAUGCGGAGGCGCUUAUCAAGCACACACUCUUCUCUGUACUCGAUACAGGCAACUCCACGGCCCUCUCGUUCACCAUGUAUGACGUCACCAACGCGUCCAACCCCCUCAUGGUGUUCGGCGACACCCAGCCGUCCACCGGGCCCAACCCCAUCUACCCCAUGGUGCUCCCCGCGCCCAUGCCCCCGGGGGACAAGGUCGUGGAGCCCUUCCCCGACGACUUCAUAGGCAGAAGAUACGAGGGGCACUGCCGGUACCGCCACCCGCCGCCCGUCUGGAGCACGCUGCUCGCGCCGAUACUUCUUGGGCUGCUGGUGCUGCUGGUGGCGGCGCUGUUGACGUUUAUCAUAGGAUCCCUGGCGAGGAAGAAGGCGAGGAUCCGGCAGCAGAUGGAGGAGCUAGAGGAGUAUACGCUGGCGUUAGAGCAGGCUGAGAGGUCCAAGAGCGAGUUUGUGGCGAACCUGUCGCACGAGCUGAGGACGCCUAUAACGGGGAUGCUGGGCAUGAUGGACUGGCUGCUGGAGUCGAGCAUGUCGGAGUGGCAGCAUCGGGAUCUGCUGGACGCCAAGACAUGCGCCGUGGAGGCGAUUGGGCUGCUGAAUAGCGUGCUGGACCUGGCUAAGCUGCAGGCCAAUCGGUUGGUGCUGGAGGCGCUCCCCUUCAGCCUGCACCAGUGCGUUGACCUGGCUGUUCGCACUCUCAUGCCCGACGCCCACAAGAAGAACCUGCAGUUCAUCUGCAGGAUUCACGCGAGUGUGCCGGACGUUCUCAUCGGCGACCCCACACGCGUGGCCCAAGUGAUGCGGGAGCUCAUCUGCCACGCCAUUCGCAACACAGUCUCAGGGCGGAUCAUUCUGCACCUCUGGUGCAUGCCGGCUCCCGUGCCUAUCCAAGCAGUAGCUGAGGCCGCCGAACCUGACCUGGAGGCUUGGAUCCGAGGCUUGCAGGCUGGGAAAGAGGGCGGGGAGAAGGAGUGGGACGUGUACGGUGGCAAGGGAAUGGCCUCUGAUGCUAGAGGAGUGCCUUCUGCUGCUAUCGAUGAUGCUUAUGGAGGGGAUAAAGGGCAAAAGGAGGUGCUGCUGGCACGAAUUAAUGGGGGUGGCAGUGCUGACUGCUGUAGAGGUAGUGGUGGUGCUGGUGCUGCUGAUGCCGGAGGUGGUGAUGGUGGUAUGGAUGGUGCUUGUGGUGUUGGCUGUUUUGGGCUGAGGCAGGGCAGUGGGCGGGAGAUGGGCGGCAGUGGGCGGGAGGUAGGCGGCAGGGAGAGAAGAUCGGAGGACUCCUGUGAAGCGAGCUUCAGAUACAGCCUCUCCCAGGAUGAUCCACGCCUCUCUGACCCGCCGGUAACAGGAUUCAUGCGCUCCUGCAGCCAAUCACUCGGCAGUCAACCCAGUCAACCCAGUCAAUCCAUUGGGAACUCCAGUCAUCCCAAUCAGUCCACACACGGCAUGGAAGCCCCCCCGCCCACGGCUCACCACGACCUUGGGCAUGGGACCGAGCAUGGUGCACUCCCCGAGCCUGAGCCCUGGAUGCUCCACCCGCCCAUCCCUCACCUCCUCACCGCCGAGGCUUGCCGCGAGGUUCGGCGGUCCGCGGCUCGGUUCCGCCAAGCCAUGGUGUUUGCCUCGGCAGCUGCUGGGGAGGAUGGGGAGGAGGAAGGGGGAGGUGGGGGAAUGGGGGGGGGGAGGAGGAGGGGGGGGAGGAGGAGGAGGAGGGUGGAGAGGGUGCAGUUGGUGAUGGCGUGUGAGGACACGGGGUGUGGGAUUCCAUGGGAGGAGAUGCGGUGGGUACUGGACCCAGAAGGCCACGGGGAAUUCGUUCAAGAGGAGGAGAUGAAUGCAUACAUUCGGGCUACAGACGGCACCGCUACCACCAGCACUACCACCAGCACCACUCCUUCUGCGGGGCGAGCACGGAGCAGCGCCCUCUCCCGCCUGCGCUCGCUCGCCCAGAGGGUUGUGAAGGGCCUGGCUGGAGGCGGGGGUGGGUCGUCUGAGGAUGGCCUGUAUGCUCGCGUGGGGAAGGGGUUUCAGGACGCCUGGACGCCCUAUCCCGUGCGCUUCCUCCUUUCUGCAAGCCUGGUGAGUCUGAUGCGUGGGUGCAUGGGAGUGGCCACUCAGGAGCAGCUCGGCUCCACCAUCAUGGUCUCCCUGCCAAUGAAGAUGCGCCACGUGGCACAUCCAACAUCCGCUGGAGAGGAGCAGGAGGAGGAAGAGGAGGGAGAGGAGGAUGGGGCGGGGGAAGACGAGCAGGGAGAGGAGGGAGAGGAAAGCGAGGGGAGUGAAGGGGGCGAGGGCAUGGAGGAGGCGUUGGCAUGGGUGGAGAUGCGGUGGAGCACCAGUGAGGCGGUGGAGGGCAGGCGGGCGCUGGUGGUGGAUGGGGACGACGCACGCGCAGAGGCCACAUCCAUAGCCCUCCGGUACUUUGGCAUGCAUGUUACCAUAGUGGGCACUCAGAAGGAAGCUGCUCGGAAGAUUCUGGGGAGGCAGUCGGAAUCCGCGUGGCGGUUUGCUGAGAAGCGGAUGAGUGAGGCGAGGAGGAGGGCGAGGAGGGCCAAGGGGAAGGAGGGGGGGGUGAAAUUAGGGGAAGGGGAGCACUCAGGGGAGGGGGAUAAACCAGAGGAGAGGCCAAAGGAAGGCCGCAAUGCGGCGGAUGAGGAAGGGGAGGGGAAGAGGGAGGAAGAGGGAGGGGAGAGUUGCGAGAUGGGAGAGGAGGGUGCAUGGGAGGAGGAACAGGAGGGUCCAUGGGGCGUGGUGCUGGUGGAAGCUGAUGCGUUUGGCAAGAGUGGGAGUGUGGGGGCUAACUCAAAGUCCGAAAUUAGUGGUGGUGAAGAGGGUGCUCAGGGCGCUCAGGCCAGUCAGGGCGGUCAGAUCAAGCCUGGGCCAGUGAACGGCUCUGAUGCACCCCAGAGCAAGUCAGGGAUCGGUUUCGGCCGUCGGAUCAAGUUUGAUCACCGCAGCCUCGUUCUCUUCCACUCUUCGGCUGUGCGCGCUCCCAACUCCCCUCCCCGCACUCCUUUUCCCUCUUAUGGUGCUUCAACUCAUGCGGCUCCCAACUCCCCUCCCCCCACUCCCUCACACGCCCAUGAAGCGCCACCAGCACCAGCAGCAACACCAGCAGCAGCAACACCAGCACCAGCAGCACCGCCACCAGUGCCGUGCAGCCUUCCUCCCCUCGUGCUGACGGGCCAGGGCUCUAUGAGCGUCAACCACGCAAGGGUGCUCGCAGCAGGGUUUGCCGACACUCUCCCCCAACCAUGGCUCGUGGCUGAUCUUGCGCCGUGCCUUCAUGCUAUUUUCGCUCCCCUCGACCAAUACGACGACCUUUCAGAUUCCUCCACCAAUCACAUCGCGCCAGCCGUCCCCUCCUCCUCCUCCUCCCUCGCCCCCUCCACGCCUCCCCGCCCCAAAUCCCCGCAAUACCGCUCCAAAGCCGCGCUCGCGCUCUCAAAGCCCGAGGACGCCGCCGCUUUGCUAAAAGAGAUGCUUAGCGGGAAGGAAGUUCUAGUGGUGGAUGACAACGCGGUGAACCGCAUGGUGGCAAGGAAAACGCUGCAGGGCUUAGGGGCGAAGGUGGAGCUGGUAGAAAGCGGGGAGAAGGCUCUGGAGAGACUAAACAGUGCAAAUACGUUCUUCAUGCUGCUGAUUGAUCUGCACAUGCCCCCUGGGAUUGACGGCUAUGAGACUGCUCGCCGCAUUCGAGCCAAGUUUCCUGCUGCCACUGCUGCACCCACCACCAGCACCGCCACCUCCUCCUCCUCCUCUGCCUCCAUCCCCAAGCUCGAAUCGCAGCCAUCCUUUUCGGUUGCCGCUGCUGCCGCCGCCACUGCACCCGCCACCGCCAGCACCGCCAGCACCGCCAGCACCGCCACCAUCGGCUGCACCGCUUCCUCGUCUUUCUCCUCUUCUUCCAUCCCCAUGCUCGAAUCACAGCCAUCCUUUGCCGCUGCUGCCGCUGCCACUGCCACUGCUACUGCACCUGCCACUGGCACUGCCACCACCACCAUCACCAGCAUCCCCAAGCUCGAAUCACAGCCGUCCUUUGCCUUCCACCCAGGCUGUCUAACCCCACUGGACCUGGACGCACCGGGAGAAAUUGAACCAACUCUUGCCACAGCCGCAACAGCAGCAGCAGCAGCAUCAGCAGGCCCUUUCCACAGGCAGGUGAUAUUCGCUCUGACAGCAGACGUGGAUGCGAGUGUGAGGCAUUCGGCCAAGGAGGCGGGUAUGGAUGGCACUCUGUCCAAGCCCAUCGUGCACCCCGAGCUGCUGAGCGCCCUCAAGGCUGCUGGGGUCACCUUGCACUAGGACUCAUGCACCUAGUCUAAGGUGCCUCACAAGGAGGUGGGUAUGGACGGCAUGGCAUUGUCUCCAAGCCCAUCGUGCACCAGGAGUUGCUCAGGGCUGUUAAAGCGGCUGGCGUGAGCCUGAUGUGAAAGACGCGGUCACCUCAUGGGGCUCACGAGGAGGCAGGCGGCCAAGGAGGGGGAGGGGCUCUGGAUGGCACCGUGGCACUCUCUCCAAGCCCAUCGUGCACCAGGAGCUUCUGAGCGCCCUCAAGGCUGCCGUGGUCACCCUGCUGUGAAGGACACAUUCAGGCAGUCACUUCAAGGGUCUAUGGAUGGCAUGCUCUCAAAACCCAUCGUGCACCAGUAGCUGCUGAGUGUUAUCAAAACUGCUGGCGUAAGCUUGCUGUACAAGGUGUGGGCGCUUACACAUGUCUCAGGAGGAGGCGGGCGUGCAAGGAAUGCAGGUAUGGAUGGAUGGCACGCUGUCCACCAAACCCAUCGUGCACCAGGAGCUGCUGUUUGGCAUCAAAGCUGGCAGUGCCAUCUUGCACAGUAAAUGAAAUCGGUAGUGUAUGUAUGCAAUGAAUGCACUUGACACUUGCUACAAGAAGCUGCUGUGUUGUAUCUAAGCAGCUGAAGGGGAAGAUCAAAUACAUUCUAAGUAAUUAU